AUGGCACCACCGAAUCAGGCGGCUUGGAUCCCCGCAAAGAAAGUCCUGCCAUUCAAAGUCGGCGACGCGCCCUACACCCGCCCCGGCUCGGGUCAGGUCGUAAUCAAAAACUCAGCUGUGGCCAUUAAUCCUUUCGACUGGGUCCUGCAGUACAUUGGCCCAGCGCCUGCCGGUUAUAUCAAGUAUACCUUCAUCUUCGGCACCGAUGUUGCGGGUGAAGUCGUUGAGGUUGGCCCCGAUGUGGAGCGUUUCCACGUGGGUGAUCGAGUCUGUGGAAGUGCUGCAGCCAUUGCGAAAGAGGUCAACUGCCCGGCCGAGGGGGCUUUUCAGCUCUAUAAAGUAAUGCGACAGAACCUGGUAACACCAAUUCCACCCAAUAUCACCGAUGAACAGGCCUGUGUCCUGGGACUGGGUCUUGGCACCGCGGCGUAUGGCCUCUUCCACCCCGACUAUCUGGGUCUCGACAUGCCUAAGAUCCCAGUACCCGCGAAAGUUAUGGGCAAGUCAGGGUUACUGCGCACUAUCAUCGUCACUGGUGGCGCUUCAAGUGUUGGUAGCAACGCUGUACAGCUUGCCGUGGCCGCUGGCUAUCAAGUCUUGUCAUCGUCGUCUCCCAAGAACUUUGACUAUGUUAAGAUCAAGGACCUCCUUAGUGCUUUGAACGACCAGGAGCUGAUCGGUGCCUACGCGAUUGGCGAUGGUUUUGUCAAGGCAUGCACUGCGGUUAUGAAGAAACAUGAUUCUUUCCACACCCGAAAAUUCAUCGCCGUGGCUGGAGCCAUCAUACCGGCCGAGAAGCUUCCGACAUUUGUUGGAAAGGGCACUUACAUGAUGGAGAUGAUGGGCGGAAUGCUCAAAACGACCGCGACGCGUAUGAGGACUGGGGUCGAAGCCAAAUUCGUCCUUGUCGACAGCCUAGUGGACCCUGACAGCGUCGUCUCUCAUGUUUACAAGGAUUUUCUGCCACAGGCACUUGAAAAGGGUGGUAUUGUACCGGCCCCUCCUCCUUAUGUUGUUGGCAAGGGACUGGACAAGAUUCAAGACGCUCUCCAUCUCCAGAGAAAGGGUGUUUCGGGAAAGAAACUUGUCAUGACGCUUUAG